AUGAAGUUCAUCGCCGCCGCCCUUUUCUCUGCUGCCGUUGUCUCGGCCGACGCAAUCUACAGCGUCACGGACUUCAACGCCGGAUGCAUCCCCCACAGCGUUGAGUGCAGCUACUCCUUCAGCGUGGUCCAUGUCAACAACGGCGAGUUUGUGCCGGUCAACUGCACGGCCUCGGCCGUCUCCGACAACACUCUGCCGGCGGUCACGGGCACCUGUGAAGAGUCUUCCCGCACCUUUGUCAUCGCCCGCAACAGCACCGGCUUGACCCUGACCGUGACGCAGCCGGUUUCCGUGGUCAGCUACGAGAGUGGCUCCCACUUCAUCCCCAAGGAUGAGAUUACCACGAAGAGUGACCAGGUCGCCACGCUCGAGAUUUACGAUGGCCCGACUGCCUUCACCCUGUUCGACUAA